AGACAACGUGAUCUGGAGGAGAGGCGGUGGCAGGAACACUCGGCAGUGACGCUUUGUCAAGAGCUGCUGCUGCUGUUGCUAUUUCUGCUGCGGUUUCCUUACCUCUCUCUCCCCCCACCACCGCUUAACAUUAACAUGGAAGUGAAGUUCGCUCCUUUAAGACCCUGGGACGAUUUUAUCCUCGGUUCCACGCGUUUCGCCCAGCCAGAUUUCCGAGACUUGGCGAAAUGGAACAAUCGGGUGGUCAGCAACUUGAUGUUUUACCAGAGCAACUACCUCGUCGUAGCUGUCUGUCUCUUCUUGCUAAUCGGGUUUAUGAGUCCAUUGGAAAUCCUCCUGGGAGGAGCAGUGGUGACAGUGAUAUUCACCGGCGCUCUGUGGGCAUCUGAAAAUAAGGCAGCAAUUGGCCACUUCAAACGGCAGCACCCAACUUUCUUUGUUGCGGCCAUUCUAAUGAUGAGCUACUUUAUGAUUUCCAUAAUCGGAGGUGUGAUGGUUUUCCUAUUUGGAAUCACACUGCCGUUGCUUUUAAUAUUUGUGCAUUCCUCUCUACGGCUUCGUAACCUUCAGAACAAGUUUGAAAACAAGAUGGAAGAGAUUGGACUUAAGAAGACCCCCAUGGGCAUCUUAUUGAAUGCUCUCGGUCAAGAGCAGGAGCACAUUUCUAAAAUUGCUGAUAUCUUGUCACAAAGCAAAAACUAACCAGGUUCUGAUUUAAUUUAACUCCUUAAGAGUUGUGUUGUGCAGUAUUCCUGGAAUAAGGUUUUGCAAUUCUUUAAAGAGCCUUAACAAGCUGGUAUUAAUAUUAAUUUUCAAGUAUUCCAAGCUGAUAUUAAUGCUUCACUCUUGAUUAUUCCAAAGUACAGCUGGAAAUGUUUUUUGCAAAGUGAGAUAUAUUGUGGAAAAUUAACUGCUUAUUAUAGUGACAAUAUGCAGUUUUGUCUGUGUACAUUUAUGGAAUUUUUCUUAUCCGAAUCCCAGCUAUGAUGGGAUGUAAACAAUUUAUUUGGAUGACGUGUAAACUUGCACUUUCUGUUAUUAGUACCUGUAUUUAUUUCUGUUAAUUGGUUAAAGGCUGAUUUAGAAUUGAAGAAAAUUAUCAUUCAAAUAUUUUCAUUCACAAAUAGCUAAUAGAACCAGAGUAUAUACAGUUGGUGUGGGGUUAUAUGAUAGCACUAUGUUGACAUUUUCACUAGUUUUGAACAGGCCAUGUUGCAUAUCCUUCCUGUUCAGUAUGAUUUUGCGCAGAAAUGUCUAUUAAAAAGCCUUUAUUAGUUUGAUAUUUGGCAAAUAGAAUGAUCAGUUUAACUCAAUAGACACAAAAAGCUGGAGUGACUCAACGGGACAGACAGCAUCUCUGGAGAGAAGACAUGGGUGAUGUUUCGGGGUCGCGACCCUUCUUCAGAAGAUGCUGCCUGUCCCGCUGAGUUACUCCAACCUUUUGUGUCCAUCUUCGGUUUAAACCAGGAUCUACAGUUCCUUCCUACACAGUUUAACUUGAUAAUUCCACCUAACAUGAUGAACAAAUUCGGGUGUGUUGUGAAAUUGGAGAAAUCAAAACACAAAAAGAACAACAGCUAUAAUUUUAAAUUAACUAUGUGAUUGAAAAGUUGAGUACAUUAGGAGUACUGGUGUUAUUCUCUCAAAAUGAGAAGCAUGUUUCAUGACCAAUGUUCUUCCUUGGCAUUCAUAUCAACUUUUACAAAACCGAAUAGUCCUGAAAGUGAGCUUUGACAAAAUUUGCAUCCUUGACGAUUUUGGCUUAUUUUUAUUGACAAAACUGCGGAUGUAAUGCUUCAAGUUUUCCAACAGCUGUUAAAUGUGGAGUAUGAGCUCAAUUUUGUGUAUAAGGUGUAACUAUUUUCUGUGUUAUCUAUUUUCAGGUCCAAAGAUAUGCAACAUCUUUUGCAUGCAAUAAAAACUACUUUAAAUUUAAA